AUGGAUAAAAUCGUAUGCAGUAGCAGAUCUCGCGAAAUUCUUAAAGAGUACAACGAAAACAAUAGUUUCGCCAUGACUUUGAUUGAGAGACAGAACAAAAUGGACAUGUUGAAAGCGCUUGACUUAUUGGAACAAAUGAGACAGAAUUGGGAUUAUGAAAAAAUGAGAGCAGAAGCUAUGGAGGAAGAGCUUGACCAGAGAAAUAAAGAAAAAGAUGGAAUGCGAAAAGAAAUAAGGGUCUAUAGGGAGCAGCUUCGUGAUGCUCGGACUCAGAUCGCAACUCUAAUGUCUGAUAAGAAAAGCAUGGAGUAUGAUAUUGCUGAAUGGGAAAGGAAAUUCGAACUUGUCAAUGAUCUCCUGAAGGAUCAGUCACAUUUAAAUAUUGAGGAUCGACAGAGAUUGUUUGCGAAUGGCAACAUACUAAAUAAAAAGCCUAUUAAACUGCGAGGAACACGUCUAAGUUUCUCACGUGACUCGUCAGAUGGAGAAAACAUAGAUUACGAUAAAACUGCAGAUACAUUUGAUAUUUCAUCAAAUGAAAUGGACGAAUCACGUUUGCGGAGUGGAAAAAUUUACAGAAGAUCACAUGAUAUGAUGACAACAAAACGUGUCUCAGCGGUGACUAGCAAGCGACCAAAGAAAAGCAUGAUGAUAGAUAUCGCUGAAGAGGAAGUGGAAACACCUUGUAAAAGAUCAAAAGAUGGGACAGAAACACAUGUUACAACAACAAUGGCUACAGUGAAUGCUAAAAGCAAUAAAUCACCUACAGCUGAAAUAGCUACCCGAAGUUCAAUGAAUCGUUCAUUAUCUACAACCAAUAUUCCUGAUAAGUCAGAAGAGACGCUGACAUUGCCAACAGAUACCUUGACACCACGAUGUGGAACCAGUUCAAUCGACCUGAGAACUCCACUCAAAGGCACGAAAACUUGGACUCACGGUGCAUCAAUCUCAACACGCCCGCAUAUAUACACAAAUCACAGCUCAAUUCUUGGAGAUCACUGCGAGGUGUGUAAUGGAUGGAUUGGAAUUGUCGGAAAACAGGCUUAUAAAUGCUGUGAUUGUGGUUUACAUAUCCAUAAAGCAUGCAUUGAUAAUGCACCUGUGCCUUGUGUGCCACGAACUCCAACAUCUCGGACACCUGCCAAACAGCGUCCACGCUUGAAGGAUUUAUGUCCUUCUACGCAGCCUAUGAUACCACCAAUUCUUAUUCAUUGCGUUUUGGCUCUAGAAAAGAAUCGACUAUACUCGGAGGGUAUUUAUCGAAUUCCUGGGGAUGACAGUCAGGUUCAGAAACUACUAAAUGAAUUUCAAAAUGGUCGCUCCGUUCCGAAAUUGGAUUAUCACGACACGGAAACAAUAACGAGCUGUGUUAAGCAAUUCUUAAAUAAAUUACGGGAUCCAGUAAUUCCGAGCACAUCUUGGGAGGAAUUUGUUAAUGCUGCCCAAAUGAAUGACAUUGUAGCUCUGAAUCAUAGCAUUAUGGAUUUACCCUAUCCAAAUCGAGAUACACUUGCUUUCCUCUGUGCUCAUUUUCAGAAAAUUUGUGAUAACUGCAUUCAAAAUAAGAUGUCUCGAAAUGUUCUAGCACGUUGCGUUGCAGCAAUUAUUGUAGGCCCAGCUCCUCCACAUGUAGUGAAAGAUGAGGAAGAAAAAAAGCAGAUGAUGGUUAUGUCAGCUCUGCUUAAAAUGCCUUCAGACUAUUGGCCUAAAUUCUACAAUUUUGAUAACGGAAUACCACUGAUCAACAGCCCCAAGUGCGCUUUAUAUGACAACAGCAAACCUGUGAAAACCCCGUACAAGAAUCCAAAUAAAUCAAUUCUGGGGCCAGUUGAAACUCCACCAUCUGGACAAAAAACAAAUACGUACCAACCUAAAAUAUCUAGACGGAAGCAUUUCCUCGGCGACAUUUUUUGA